AUGAUUCUCAACAUGGACGACACUCGGCCGCCUUGUAGAUCCCUCGUUUGGCACGAAUCGACAUAUUUAUCUCCAAGUGCAGCUUACGAACGGUUCCAGUCUCGACACAAUACUACAGGUCCUGAAAAUUCUAAAAGAUUUCGAUUUCAAUGCCCUGGUAUUCUCACCCUUGAUAGAGCCUCGGGUGAAACUUCGAAUGCCUCGACAUGCAAUUCUCGGCCUCCCUUAGCGACCAACUCUGCCAAGUCCUCCUCUUGGCCGCGCAUGAAGUGGUCUAAAAGGCAGCAACUAUGGGUGCCGGAAAGCCCAGAUACGGAUAGCAGCGCUGAGAGCAGGGGAAGCAAGACGAGUGUUGGAAGAUGUCGUAUUGGCGUGCCGGAUGGCGGUUGCCGCGCCUGUCUCAAUACUGAAUACGGCCCAAUUUGCGCCAAAUUUGACACUCUAGGCCUUUUGAACGCGUUCGCGAGCUUCCAGCAGUUGUACAAGUCUGAUGACGAGAAGAAACAGCCAUGGCCCGAUCCCACGGCUGCACAGAUUUCAUAG